UUUUGAUGUGGACAAUGGUACGUCAUCAGGACGAAGUCCCUUGGAUCCCAUGACGAGCCCUGGGUCGGGGCUAAUUCUUCAGGCAAACUUUGUCCACAGUCAACGUAGGGAGUCUUUCCUUUACCGUUCAGACAGUGACUAUGACCUAUCUCCAAAGUCCAUGUCCAGGAACUCCUCCAUUGCCAGUGAUAUACAUGGAGAUGACUUGAUUGUGACACCAUUUGCUCAGGUGCUGGCCAGCCUGCGUACUGUACGGAAUAACUUUGCUGCAUUAACGAAUUUACAAGAUCGGGCACCCAGCAAACGAUCACCAAUGUGUAACCAACCAUCUAUUAACAAAGCAACUAUAACUG